AUGGCCUCCCUGGGUCUUUAUGACCUGGAUUCUGAUGACCCCGACGUCAUCCCGGAUUCUCAGCCAAUGAUACACCCGAGUUCGAUGGUUCCUGACCCACCUGCUGCCUCCCAGCCGAUCCCUGAUUCGCCGACGAUCCCUGCCGAGUCCCAGUCGAUCCACACAUUCCCGCUACCUCCAGUCGACCAGACAUACCAAACCGCUGAGGAAGGAAAGGUUGCUAUCAACACCUUCGCGCGUCCCCAUGGUUACGCAGUCACCAAACGUCGGUCAAAAACCACAAAGCAUGGGGUCAUGAAGACAGUUCGAUUAAUCUGUGACCGUGGCCGGAGGCUGCCUCAGGGUGGUGAUCAUGAUCGGUCCCCUCAUAAGAAACGGCUAAAUACUACUACUGUUGCAUGUGAAUGCCCCUUCUCUAUGUCUUUACGGCUAGAUCUCCAAUCAAAUCUCUGGCAUAUUACAAUCGAGAACCCAUCGCACAACCAUCCUCCCUCACCACCAUCAACCCAUCCUGUCCAACGGGCUCUCGAACUCAAACAUAAGAAGGCCGAGGUCGACACUGCACUCCGGCUAGGCCGCCCAACCCGGCAAAUCCUUAUUGAGAUUCGCGAUGCCGAUCCCGACACUUGCCUUACUUCCCGUGAUCUCUACAAUGCCCGGGUGAAUUUGAAUCAAACGUUUCUUGCGUGCCGUACACCAAUCCAAGCGCUGCUUAUGGAACUCUCGAAAGACGGUUCAUGGAUUUUCAAAUACGAGAUUGACGAUCAAUAUCAUGUUACUACCUUUUUCUGUAUGCACAAAACUAGUGUUGCAAUGCUCAAGCAGAAUCAUUGGGUUCUUUCUAUGGAUUGUACCUACAAGACAAAUCGGUAUGGCCUACCCUUACUCGAUAUCGUCGGUUUCGCAGCUACGGGACAGACCUUUCAUGUCGGUUUUGCUUUUAUGCGUGAUGAACAUGAGGAUACGUACGAAGUUGUGCUUUCUUGUCUUGCCGAAGCAUACGAAGCAGCUAGAAUUGAUCCUCCUUAUCCUUGUACGAUUCUAACCGAUAAAGAGAGAGCCCUCUACAAUGCGAUUACGACUAUCUUCCCUACAACCAAACAUAUGAUCUGUCUCUGGCAUAUCAACAUGAAUAUUAUGAAGGUUGCGCGUCCUCUUCUUGCCGAACAAGUCUUACAAGCUCGGUUUGAUCCCUCCGCACCGAACCGCCGCCGUACACCUGCUCAAGCUAAAGAAGACCGUCAGAAGACAGAAUGGAUCGACGACUGCCCAGAGAAAUUCCUCCAUGUCCACACCGCACAAUAUCUUCAUUUAAACGAGAUCGCUACCUCCCGUGCUGAGAGUGCUCAUUGGCUUAUUAAGCUUGGCCUCCAGGCCUCAAACAAUUAUUUACUCGUUGUGCUACGCAGCUUCCACCAUAGUGUUGAUGAACAGUUCUCGAAAAUCAAGCAGAAAAUUGAUGAUCAGAAGAGACGGACUGCGAGAAGGCCUGAACCGCUUUACCAACUACUUUAUGGCCGGAUCUCUGUGCGGGCAAUUGAAUACACAAAGGAAACAUACACACGGUUCUUACCAAUUGGUGACGAUAAACCCGAGAUCCCUCUGUUAUGCGACUGCAAUUCGAAACAGACAUCUGGCUUUCCAUGUAUCCAUAUCAUUAAGGAACACAAUGAUAAGGACAACGGACGUAUCGGACCGGAUCUCUUCCAUCAGCAGUGGCACUUGUACAGUGUUGACGCUCCCCCAAUUGAUCCCUUACUUCUCAUACAGGAUCCACUCCGUGUACGACGACGAGGGCGGCCACGAGGCGCCCGCAAUCUCCCUUCAAGUACUGCUGCUACAACCGAACCUUCCACCCAAGAUACGUCCAUUCACCGAGAGCCAUCGUCAUGGGAGUCAAGCCGGGGGCAGGUACGCGGCGCAGGUCGUGGCGCAGGUCGUGGGCGUGCUCAGGGUUCUCAGGUUGUACCUCGCGCUACUCGUGGUACAGGUCGAGGUCGAGAUCGGGGUCGAGGACAAAGUGCGGAGGAUGCAGAGGAUACAGAGGAUGAUGGAGAUGCUGGAGAUGCUCGGGCUGUGCGACGAGGCCCAAUGCGGAACGCGAAGCAGAAGGCUGCUCAAACUAAGGGUUGA